UUUAGUGUGGUUGAAUUACAAUGUCUUGUAACAAGCUGUCUCCAGUUAUUAUGAUGGGCCGUGGCCCAUAUCAUUUCCCAUAUCAUUUCUCGAUAGUACCCAAAAAUGUCGCAAAGUGACUUGAUUCAGUCCAGUUUGCGGUCUUCUUCAUUCUUCUUCAUUCAGUUUCCAUCUUCAACCUUCUUCGUCGACGGCAGAUUACGUCUGAAACCGCCGUGACGAAUGGCGGCGCUGUCCAUAUCUGUCUCAAACCUCACAACUCCGCACCAAAUUUCAUCACUCGGGUCUAUCUCGGGUCGCUACGAUGUUCAAUUCAUGCGGAUGAUAACAUAUCCUCAACUUUCUAUUACAAAAUUUCCUGGCAAUCCUCUCAAAACGACCAUAAUUCGAAUGGGCGGGGGCCCACGGACUUAUCCGGGAGGGGUUUCAAAGUGGCAGUGGAAGCGAAUGCAAGCUAAGAAAGCGAAGCAGCUUCUCAAGGCCCGGUUGGCCCGUGAACGCCAGAUAUACGAGAUGCGAAAGCGGGCCGAGCUCAAGGCAGCCGUAUCUGAGCUUGAGAGACCUUGGGAGGUCGUUGAGAAAGCUCCCAAUUUGUUCUCUGUCAGUGCUGAUGAGCAGUUGAAGGUAUUGGCUGAUCGUUUCCAGAAGCCGGGUGGGUUUGACAUGUGGUCUGAACGAGACGGGCCCGAACUGUUCAAGACCGAAGGUGGGCUUCCUUCCGCCAGGUAUUUCCCAAAAGGGGUCGUUCAUAGUGUCAAGCCUUACGGAAAAGUCGAAAAAUUCGAUGAUCUGUCUGAUGAAUUUGGGGCGGGGGAGGAGGAUGAUGAAUCUGGAUGGGCCUCCGAGGGUGAAGGUUAUGGUAAAUUGGAAGUAAAAGGACCUCGGAUGGGCGAUUCAUCUUCGAGGAUUAAUAAUGGGGAUAAGAACUUGAGUUCGAAACUCAGGAAGCUGUCUAAUGAGGGUAAUAAGGAAACUGGUUCGAAAAACAAGUACAGAAAUAAUUACAAUAGAAGCAAUAGUUUAGGUAGGGAUAAAUCAGCUGAAGUUGGAUUUCUCAGGGGGAAGAAUCAAAAGAGUAAUGGUCAACGUGAUCAUGUAAUUUAUAAUAGAAGGCGCAAUAGUGUGAAGGCAGUUAAACAUUUGGAAUCAACCGUUUUUGAUAUGACAUUGCAGAAAGAUGGUAGUUAUGAACUAGAGCCAGAAAAGAGGACAUAGAAGAACUUUCCUUUCAAAAUCUGCUGUCAAGGUACGUGAUUGCUGCGGUUUAAUGGUCGAGAAAUACCAGAUAUUUUGAAGCAGUGUUCUGAUAUGAAAAGCUGCUCAACAAAAUUAAGAUGCUUUAUCGCUGGUAAUCAUAUGUUCUCAUUAUUAUUGUUUUACAAUUUAAAGUGCAUAUAUGUAAUUCUGAUGUUAGUCCCUUUUACAUUACUCAUUUAAUGAACAAUUUGUAUAGCAAAUGUGCAUAUGAAAUAGUGCCAUUGUAUCUGAGAGAAAUAUAGUGCCAAAGAUGACAGAUAUCUCUCUUGAUUGAUCACUAAAAUUGGAUCCUCCAUAUCUGAUGAAAGCAUUUCUGCACUCAAUUUCACAUUGCCAUUUGACUUGAUUAAUUAAAGAUUGCAUUGGGGUAAAAUUCAGGUAAAACCUAUAAAGAAUAAUAUAAUCUCACUCAUCAAUGGUUUCUUUGAUAGUCAGUUGCGAUGAUUUUAGAAGGCUCCAAAUUCUUAAACAUAUCGUUUUCUAGCCAAAAAGAUUCGAGUAACAUGCCAUACUUGUAGCAAAAAGAUUCUAAGUUUAGGCCAACUACUCCAGGUCUUUAGGGAUACUUCAGGGUGUUAUGGUUGUGAGGAUGAGAUUAGUUUGCUUGUUGAUUCAAAGAGAGUAUUGCUUACACUCAUUUUGAUGACACAUAUAUCCUACGAAUAGUUUUCUUGUAGAGAAUUAUUACAUUGAUGAGGAAAUAUGUGUACCUGUCUCUUCUUCCUCUUUGAAUCAAAUGAUAAAGAGGUAUGCUUGAAUACUAUUUACUUAUCUGAUCUGUCAGCAAUUAUGUUUACAUGGCCAAUCUUUUGAUAGAAGUUGUUAAAGUAGUGACUAUAGUCUGCUCCAUUACUGUUAUCAUCUUUAAUGACCAGGAUAUGCCA